AGGCCCUGUGCUGUUUGUCGAGUGUUGUUUCAACUUGUUUGUUGGAUUUUUUUUUUCGUUUGUGAAUUGUGAUUGUACAAAAAUUUUAGUCAUUGUAUUAUUUCUGUUUUAAGAGCCCCUCAAAAAUGCUGUGAUUAUUAAAAUGUUUAAUUGUUUUUCCUCUAAUUAAAAAAGCCAAGUUAAAGCUACGCUACAAUGGCUACUAAUUUUUCAUUUGGAGCCCCCACCACUGCUCCGCCAGCAUUUGGUUCCACUACCCUGUCAUUCGGUGGUUCGACAAACCAGCCUGCCGGGCUGUCUUUUGGGACUUCGCCAGCUCCAGCUGCACAAGCAACUCCAAGUUUAUUUGGUGCUCCUGCAGCAGCUCCGGCUCAGGCUCCCCCUUCAUUGUUUGGUAGCGCUGCUCCAGCAACAGGCCUAUUUGGGGCCGCACCUGCAGCAGCUCCCACACUGUCUUUUAACCCUACAAACCCUCCAGCAUUUGGGGUAGCUACUACUAGCACAGGAUUUGGUAUUGGAGCCCCAACAAGCAGUGCAGCACCAGCUCUAGCAUAUGCUACAGUCCCUGGAUUAGGAACUUCCAUAACCACAACAGCUCCACCCCCAACUUUUGAAUUGAGUCUCCCAACCUCCGCAGCUCCAGCACCAACUUCUGCUGCUCCCAAUCUAAGUUUUGGUUUUGGUGGACUAGGUGGUGCAACCUCAACUUCCAUAGGCUUGACAUCAACUACUCAAGCUUCAGUGGCGGGAGUGGGUUUAGGUGGAAUUAACAGUUUUGCACCAGCUAAAAAUGCAGUAACGACGCAAAAAGAAAUCCCACCAAAAGGUCAGACUUUGCCAAAUGAAAUCUUACAAACAGUUGAAGAAUUUAAAAAUACUCUCAAGUAUCAGAAACUUUGUAGUUCUGAUAUAGCCAGGUGUUCAACCAGAGAUUACAGAAAAAAUGAACAAGGGAUUGAUCUCCUUAUUAGUCAGUUGAAUGACAUAGAAAAGCAAUUGCAAAAGGACAAACUGGCCACUGAAAAAUUGAAAUAUCACACAGCUAAUAUUGCUCGCUUUGUUGAGAUUGCUCAGAUGACUCAUGAUACGCCUCCUGGUUUACAAUACGAUAAUACAGCACCUAUAGAGGUUUUUCUCAAUUUCACAGAUCAAUUUGAGAAGGAUAUGCAAAAUAUAAAAUCCCAAAUUGAAGCUGUCGAUAGGUAUGUCAGGAAUCAUAAAAAUCCAGAUAGUUUAACCCCACAAGACCUUUCUGAGGGUAUGAAAAGGCUUCAAGAUGCUUUUGUGGCCCUCGCUGGACAAUUACAUGCAGUGCAUAGCCAAGUAGAAUCGCAAAAAGAAAUUUACUUAAACAUGAGAAAACAUGUUUUACAAGAUACAAGUAAUCCUUUUGAUAAAAUUGGAACAGCUAAAAUGUUUUAUGAUGCGCAAAACGCUUUCACUCAUUCACUGCCUAAAAUUGCAACCGGACCCACACCAUUUAAUAACAUGGCUUUGCAGGCAGUUACUUUAGGAGUUAGUCCUCAGCCACAGAAUAACCCUCCUCCGGCUUAUCCAGGAACUUCUUCUAAUGCUACAACAGGUUUCGGAGUUAGUGGAUUUGGUCCUCUAGGUGCAACGCAACAUUCAAACGCAACCCUUUUUGGUACAAGCAACGUUGGACAGCCUCCCUCCUUCGGCCAGUCUUUUUAUAAUAGUUCUUUUCAGUUGCAAAAGCCGCCAUCUGGCAAUAAAAGAGGCAAAAUGUGAGCCAUUGUAGAUCUAAUUUGAAACAUUUUAUAUUUUACAAGGAAAACUGUUUUAUGACUGUCUGUUUCUGUAGAAAUUUGAAUGGAAAUAAAUUCAUACUUUGCAAUUA